AUCGAUACUCUCUUGUGACCGUAAAGUCCUAUACGUAUAUGACUUUAGUGUUCCACCGCUUGUGUUCCGUGUUUGCAAACAAAUCAAUUCUAGAUUGAUGAGGCGGAGUGUGGUACGAUCUUUUGAAAUAUCUGAAGCCCAUUCUUCAAGAAUCUAACUUAAAAGGAAACCCAAUCAGUCCCAGUUUUGACCAUCGUCGGCCAUCGUCUGCUUGGCCAGGCUCCACCGCGAUCAGCUGAGAAAACAAAAACAAAAACAGUGAGCAUCCCCCAGCAGAAGCCAUAGCUUGCAGACGCUCAAUGGCAGCGCUGCAAAUCUUUAUUUUCUUUCACAGCGCGCUCCACAAGCGGGAUUUUUUCCGCCAGUAUUCUGUGAUUUAGCCUUUCAACGAAAGGGAGUGGGAAAGGUCCAAUAUGUGGAGCAGAAUAAACGUGAGGCAACUCUAGCGUCGGUUGUAUCGCCGCACAGUGAUGCGCGAUCGAAUGGCUUGUGACGCUUGAGUAGACACACCUGGUGCCAUAUCGGGUCAACUACCUACAACCGUAACCAUGGUGAUAGUUAUUACUAGGACGUUUUAAUACUGUUUUCAAGCAAACUUCUGCAAGCUGCUUUUCCUCGCACACCCAUUGAAAGUGGAAAUUUGGCCUACUUCCCUUGAGGACAAAGGUGCGAAAUAGCUGCAUAAGAGAAUACUACUGACAGCAGAUCAUCACCAUGAAUAUUUAUGCAGAGCUAUGGAGAUCAGUGCCGAUUUCAAGUUUGUUUUCAUUAUCUUUGGAGGCUCUAGCUGAAUGUCUAGAUCCACAUGUUGAGCUCCUUCAUAUUCUUCCAAGAAGUCUCAAAACUAAACUACUUACAAUUGCUUGUAAAAGAGGGACAUUGACAACACCAUCAAUCGAGAGUCUCUUGCAUUCUGAAUUACGGACACUCAAUUUGAGUGAAUGCAAUGUAACAGAUGGUAUGCUGAAGGCAAUUCAAGUUUGUUCACAACUUCGCAAGUUAGAUCUAAAUCCAGGAAGAAAUCAGGACAGAAAUCUGAGCAGAGAUGCUCUGCUUUCAUUGUGGCCAAGUUUGCCCGUUCUUAAAAUUUUGUACUUGCGGCGAUGCCCAGGAGUAACAGACGAUGUGAUAAAAGCCAUUGCAGAGAGCUGUCCAAAUCUUACUGAACUCGAUGUAGGAGGAUGCCAUGCAAUCACAGAUGCAGCUCCAGUUGCAUUAACCAGAACCUUGACCCAUCUCACCUCUCUCAACUUGUCAGGAACUCAAGUUGGCGAUGAGGGUUUAUUAGAGUUGGUCCAAGGAAACUGUGGGAAAAGUUUAACUGAAUUAAAUAUAAACCACUGUAUGAAAGUGACAGAUUUCUCAAUCCAGUGCAUUGCUCAAAACUGUCGAAAUAUGAGUAUUUUAGUUUUUCAAGGGUGUCCCAUAUCAGCGGAUUCACAUUAUGCACUUGAAAAUAUAUAUGCCGAAGCAAAAGUCAGGCAGCUAGCAUGGACAGUAUAUUGAACAAGUAGAUUUUUCCCCCUCCCUCAACCAUUUAUUAAGUUGACAAGAAUCAAGCAUGAAAAAUAAUUACUACUAUUAAUAAUUUUACUUUUCUCACAAAUAGUUUGAACCGUUUGAAUGGUUCACUGAUGCAAAAUACAUUUCUAGUUGUAGUGACAAUUUAUUGCCAUUUUAUUUUUAAAACGUAAGAUUAACAAAGUCCUGAAAUGUCUAUCACAAUGCGUUGUCUUCCUCAAUCUAGCACCGUGCAGGAAUGUGUAAAAAUAAAGAUCAUGAUAAACUA